AUGUUGUCAUCGGUGGUGUCCCAGCUUUCAGCAAAAAGAAAGACAAAACUUUUAUUAAUUUUUUCUAACAAUUUUCCCUGCAAUUUUCUUCAAAUUUAACCAUUUCCAUCAUGGCAAAUUUCAUGCAAGAUAGUGUAGUUAAAUUUGCUUGUUCUUGUGGAAUUUUAAAUCCAAUAAUGAAGUUAUAUUUCUGCCGACAUUGCCUAAAAUUAAGGUGUGGAUUUUGUGUUUGCCACGAAGUGGAUUCAAAUUUCUGUUCAAAUUGCUUGGAAAACAUACCCUCUUCCGAAGCAAGACGAAUGAAAAAUCGAUGCACUAGUUGUUUCAAUUGUCCUUGUUGUCAACAUACUCUUUCAGCUCGAGCAACAACUGUUGUUGUACCAAGGAAAACAGAUGAUCCUCCCAAAGAAGGUGAACCCGAGCAAAAGGUUUUAACCAAAAAGAUGUACUAUCUAUCUUGCUUGGGAUGCAGAUGGACGUCCAGAGAUGUGGGCAUUCCCGAUCAAUCUGUUGCAACUGGAUCAUGGCCAGACAAUGAAUACGCACACCAAACACGCUUCGAUGCUCUUCUUGAAUACUAUCAGUCGGUAGUUCUACAAGAAAAGCAAGAAAAACAAGAAUACAAUCGCAGGAAGACUCCCAAAUCGCACAAAUUUCCUACUUUGACUGAUCGCACUGGUUUAACAGUGGCAAUUAUUCGACGUCAAAUGGGCUGGCCCGAUAAGAAUCCUCAAAAAGCGAAAUUGAUUCAAAUCAGUCCCUCGGCAGCCACUGAGGAUGUUGGUGAAUUGAAUCCAUCAAUCUUUACUCAGAAAAUCAACAUCAAAAACAUUACAACAAUUCAGCAGCGUCAUGGUCAACCAGCCGAUCAACCAUUCACUGUAAAUAAUCUCUAUCCACAGCGCAAGUGUUUGUGGAUCAAAAGAUCCCUGCGCUGUCGCCAAUGUGAGCAUAACGUCAUCAAGCCCGAAUAUCAUCCCGGGUCAAUUAAGUACCGCAUUCAAUUGUUUGCAAACUAUCACGUUCCCGAUGUUCUCCUUGUGCGCUGUGAGAAACCAUUGAAACCUGGAAACAUGACUCAAAUGAUUCUCAAGCUGACUAACCCAACCAUGCAUGACAUGACUAUCACUAUUAUGGAAUUGCCAACUGAGGAAGAGGAACUCCGUAUGAUUGAGGCUAUGCGUAAGAAUUUCGAACAACAAGUGGCUGUAACUGCAGCAACAUCGACUCCAUCUUUAAAUACAAGUCUUUCGAGACAGACAUCGCUAACUGAGGAGCCACGUUGUGUUAAGAAUCCAACAAACGCUACUCUAGAAAUGUUGGAUUCUUCAUUCGUUUUGAAUCAGCGUGAUGAUUCAACGGAAUUCGAUGAGGACGUUCAAGUUCAACGAGAAGAACCAAAAUUCAUUACUUGGAGAAAAUCAAACAAAGUUACAAUCAAAUUGAACUUUACUCCUGAUGAAGCUCUCAAAGCAGGUGAUGAAGUAACACUUGGUUUUCUUAUGCAAUACACCUAUGUGAAUACUGUCACAAAUACUCCCGAAAAAAAGGAACCACAAAAACAUGCAUUAGCAUCGAAAGUUUAUAUAAAAGUUGGGCAAAUCGAAGCUUAAAUGAUAUUUGUUCUUGAUGCAUAAUAUUAUUCCUGUUUGAGAUUGAAUCUAUUGCAAAGGAUUUAUUAAUUUUUUUUAAUUUAUUUUCAGUUAUUAUUUUAAAAUUUGUUAUAAAUAAUCGACUGUUUCCUUUUAACUGACUUGGUUUUUUUUUAUAUUCGAAAUUAUUUAUGCUUUACCUAUGCGCAGUGUUAAUAAAUAAAGGAACAGCUUUCAUCUAAAAUA